AUGGGCAAUCCUGAGGUUUUACUACCCAAAGAUUCCAAAGAUCUUGCGGGGCAAAAGACCUUCUCUCACGGCUGUUUCCAAGAUGGCCGAUAUCGAAAAUACAUCCUAAACUUUUUGGGUUUACUCGCAGUUUCAAUGUUAGGCGUCACUUUGUAUAGAGGUUACAUAUCAAGUCUAGACCCAGGGCCAUUCAAGAUAUGCCAAAUGGGUGCACUAGAAUAUAGGGGCAAACCCCUCGGGACUCAUGGUCCACGAAAUAAGCCUCGUCGCCAAAACAUUGAAAAGCUGUGCCCUCGCAUCGAACCGAUCUAUCCAGAAAUCAAUACUCCGGGUCUCAGCCGCGCCAUUGCUUCUCUCCAGUCUCCAGAUUUCCUGUUCCGGUCCGCCAAAACCCUCGGAGAUGCGAUCAAAGUCCGAACGGCGGUUUACGACGACUUCGGCGAUGUUGGUCGUGAUGACCGUUGGGAUAGAAUGGGACGGUUUCAUGACUAUCUUCACAGUGCUUUCCCCGCGGUUUCUCGGCACCUAACUGUUAAAUCGGUUAAUGAAUACGGUCUGGUAUACGAAUGGGGGGGCUCUGAUGAGGAUCUACCACCUAUUCUGCUAGCAGCCCAUCAGGACGUUGUACCGAUAGAUCAGGAGACACUGGAGCAAUGGGAGCAUCAUCCGUACUCUGGACACUUUGAUGGGAAUGAUGUUUGGGGUAGGGGGGCUUUGGACGAUAAAAACCAGCUGGUCGCGAUUAUGGAGACCAUAAAUCUGUUAAUCCGAGGCGGGUUUAAACCUGCACGAACGAUUGUCUUAGCAUUUGGCUUUGAUGAAGAGACCGGCGGUGAUCAGGGGGCGCACUAUAUUGGAGAAUAUCUCCUAGAUACGUAUGGAGAGGACGGCUUUUCUAUAAUUAUAGAUGAAGGCUCGAGUAUGCAAAGCGAGUUUGGUUCGGAUAUCAUGGUCAUCAGUACCGCUGAAAAGGGAUUUAUGAAUCAAGAGAUCACGAUCAAAAUGCGUGGAGGGCAUUCCUCGAUCCCGCCACCACAUUCGAGUAUUGGGAUAAUAUCAGAAAUUGUUGUGGCGUUAGAAUCUCACCGAUUUGAAAGAGUCUUUUCAGACGAUAACCCGCUCUUCGAUUUUCUUGCCUGUUCGGCAGCUCAUGCUAAGGAUUUUCCAAAAGAACUCUACGACUAUAUCGUCCAAGAUGAAAAACAAGCACUAGCGGACGCACUAGUUAAGUUGAAUCCUCGCUUCGAUGCAGACUUACGAUCUACGACUGCGGUAACUACUAUUUGUGGCGGAACCAAAAUAAACGCCUUACCCGAGUAUGUAACCCUCGGGAUGAAUCAUCGCAUCCGCCGAGGCUCGAGCAUAUCAGAGGUCACAAAUGCCACCGCAGGUCUUGUGUCGUCAAUUGCGAAGAAACAUGGAUUACAAUUUAUCGCCUACCCAGAACAAAAGAAAAACUAUCCAGAAUCCUCUAUUACUAUAGAGAUCAAAAAUCAACGGGAACCGUCGCCGCUUACAAGUUCUAGAGUAGAUAUCCCAUCGGCUUUCAAGCUUGUUGCGGGAAAUACUCGUGCAGUAUUUGGAGAGAAUCUUGUUGUGACGGCGGGGUUGAAUAUGGGUAACACGGACACAUUCUGGUAUACAAAGCUUUCUAAAAAUAUCUUUCGUUAUGCUCCUAUGCCAGUGGUCAAGAAGAAUAUGCAUGGAGUGAAUGAGCGUGUUCCUAUCAAAGGGCACUUGGCGAUGGUGGAAUGGUUUUUUCAUUUUAUUUUACUCACAAGUGAAGUUGAGGAGUAUUGGUUCUUGUAA